GGAUUAAUUGUGGGUUGGUGCAUCAUUGACUUGUGCACCUUCUUCUGCUGCUCUAACAAAGAGACCUCUUUAUAGCGCCACGGAGACACAGCGGAGAGAGUCGCUGACUAGGUCCGUCAAGAAGGAAGAGAGAAGCACAGAGAGAGAGCGAGAGUGACGAUGGUGGUGAAGGUGUACGGACCUGACUACGCGUCGCCGAAGCGGGCACUGGUGUGCCUGCUCGAGAAGGGCGUCGAGUUCGAGACCGUCGGCGUCGACCUCCUCAAAGGCGAGCACAAAGCCCCCGAGUACCUCAAGCUCCAGCCCUUCGGAUCGCUUCCUGUGGUUCAAGAUGGCGACUACACUCUGUUCGAAUCGCGGGCCAUCAUAAGGUAUUAUGCCGAGAAAUACAAGGACCAAGGGACUGAACUGCUGGGGAAGACAAUCGAGGAGAGGGGGCUCGUUGAGCAGUGGCUCGAAGUCGAGGCCCACAACUUCCAUCCGCCAAUCUACGACCUUGUCCUCAAAAUUGUUUUUGGCCCUUUUAUUGGGCUUACCCCGGAUCCGAAGCAGCUCAAAGAGAGCGAGGACAAGCUCUGUCAGGUUCUGGAUAUCUACGAGGAGAGGCUGUCAAAGAGCAAGUACCUGGCAGGGGAUUUCUUCAGCCUUGCCGACCUGAGCCACCUUCCGUUCACCCAGUUUGGUGGGAAAGAUAGGGAAGGAGUAUCUGAUAAGGGACCGAAAGCAUGUGAGCGGUUGGUGGGAGAUAUCUCGAGCAGGCCUUCUUGGAAGAAGGUCCUUGAGCUCUGGCCCGGUCUGUAUUAGGACUGUUUUAUCAGUUAUGCCGAGUGCACCCGAGUCCUUGGUCUAUGCGAAGGAUAGCGAGUCUUUCUGUGUCUACUAAGUAUGUUUCUACUCGAUCUGGGUGAUCAAAUAAGCUUUGUUGAGUCUGGUUUGACCGAUCCUGUCGUGGACCUCCUUCUUGUUGUAUUAUUCAUGGCGGUGUUGUGUGUUGUUGGGCUGUGUUCGCAGCUGAUUAGUACUAUGCGAGCGACUUUGGUGAAAUUAAAAAUUAAUCACCUACUUAUCAACUUUUGAGGAUCUUUUACAA